AUGCAAGGCCUUCAACCUGACAUCUCAAACAACCCUUUCAAGCUGAUCAUUAGACAGCAACCUGUGCAUUCAAGAAUGUGUGGCAUUGGGGAAAGAGUUGAUAGACGUCCUAUUGAUCCACCUCCAGUCGUUCAAAUAGUAAUGAAUAGCGCAGACGAUACAUCUGUGGAAAGAUUAUCAGCCCUGUCAUCACACCUAUUCUUGAUUGCUGUGCUUGUGCCUGCGGAUGGAAGAGAGGAUCAAGAGCAAUUGAACAUUUUACUACACAGCAAACUCACGGUGGGUCGAACUGUGUCGUCUUUAUAUACCCUGAGAGAUCUAGAUGGAACGGAAGGAGCCUUUUUCGUGUUCUCAGACAUAUCUGUUCGUGCAGAAGGAAACUAUAAACUGCGGAUGUGUUUAUUUGAUAUACGAGAACACACAGUAAACUACAAUCUAUCUGUCCUGACAAAGCCGUUCACAGUAUACUCUGCGAAAACGUUUCCUGGCAUGUAUCGUUCUUGCCCUCUGGUGCAAAACUUUGCCAAGCAAGGGUUGAAAAUUAGAAUAAGAAAAGAAUCGGGUCCGAGACCAUCAAGAUAUGUGCAUUCGAAGAGAAAAACGAUCAGAAAAGCCAUCCAUACGAACGACACGGAUGAUCCUAUGAUGAGCAAAAAUAUGCCGAUCGUUCCAAAACCUCGUGUCAUUGCGACGACAGCAGCAGCAAUAUUGACAGCAACAACGGCUGAUUCGGAAGAAGACGAGGAAGAGGACGAAUACGAAUUAGAUGAUGAUGAUGACGAUGAUGAAUCACAUCAGCAACAGCCUACAGAAAAUAACCGCAAAGUAACUCAUAUCGACCAUCUGCUAUCACAUCCAGCCAUGAAAAGCACUAUUGACACGCAACUGUCAUUAGAUGGUCAUAAUCCCAACAUAUCCGCAUUCAAAAGGGUAAAUACAGAAGCCGAAAGUGCAGUAUCAACAAAACGUAGACUUAGUUUAUCCUAUCUGUUGGAUCAGAACGAGAAUUUACCGCAACAUACCACAGCAAACCCGCUAAUAAGCGAAGAUUGCAGAUUGGCACCCAUUUCUACCAUACAGCACGCGAGCAAACCUGCUUAUUCCGCAUUUGGACAAGAUGUCAAGCUAGCAGAUAAUUUACCUCCUAUUCAACACCCAUUUAAUUCAGCAAAAUUACUACCAUACAAACAGGAGGAUUUGCCGCCUAUUCAAAAGCAAUUACAAUAUAUCGGCAAAAGAUGA